CGCGGAGUGAAUUUCGCAACUUCCGGUUUAGAAAAAAGCAUGAAAAUGAAAUUGACCGAUGAAGUUGUUAGAAAUCUACGGGUUGCUAAGUUAUUUAGGGAAAAUAAUCAACCAAUAAAUAAGAUUGCAUUUUCUGCUAAUGGAGAGCUUCUGAUUUCAUCGAGUUACGACGACCAAAUUGUUAUAUAUGACUGUCAAGGUGGAAAAUGUACCAGGAACCUAAACAGCAAAAAAUAUGGAGUUGAUCUCAUCAACUUUACCCACACACAGAAUACUGCAGUACACAGCUCAACAAAAAUAGAUGACACCAUUAGGUAUCUCUCCCUUCAUGACAACAAGUACAUCAGGUACUUUGGUGGUCACACUAAGAAGGUGGUGUCACUCUCUAUGUCUCCCAUUGACGAUACUUUCAUCUCAGGCUCCUUAGACAACACAAUCAGACUAUGGGAUUUACGGUCACCAAAUUGUCAGGGCCUGAUGCACUUACCAGGUAGACCAGUGGCAGCAUUUGAUCCUGAAGGACUUAUAUUUGCAGCGGGUAUAAACUCAGAGAUGGUGAAACUCUAUGAUCUUAGAUCUUAUGAUAAGGGCCCAUUUGCCAGCUUUAAGAUGCAACAAGAUAGAGAUUGUGACUGGACAGGGAUCAAGUUUAGUCCUGAUGGUAAGCUGGUGCUCAUUUCAACAAGUGGACAGAUCAUCCGUCUCAUAGACUCCUUUCAGGGCACACCAUUACAGACAUUCAUGGGCUACAUGAACAACAGAGGGCUCCCAAUAGAGGCUUCAUUUAGUCCAGAUUCACAGUUUGUUUUCAGUGGUUCAUCAGAUGGCAAGAUCCAUAGCUGGAACACAGAUACGGGAGCCAAAGUGGCUGUAUUGAAUUCUGAGCACCAGGGACCUGUCACACGCAUAGCUUUCAACCCACAUUUCAUGAUGAUGGCUACAGCCUGCUCACAGAUGGGAUUCUGGCUGCCCAAUGAUGUGGAAUGAGACCAUGGUGUCAUCUAUUAAGAGCUGCAAUAAAUAAACAACCCAUUAACUGCUCUAGCUAAUGUGGCAGUCAUGGAAUCUCUACAAUACUCUUCUGUGAAGAUGAAUGAACAUUUCAAGGGACAGGAACAAGUAGAUGGUGUUCUUGCCUAAAAGAAUUCUAUCUCUUAAAGGCCCUAUUUUUAAAAAAAACUAUAAAAGCCUGCAAUAUGAACCAUCUGCAGACUUUGACACAAAACUUAUUGCACAAUUACAGAACAGUAGUUUGCGGCAUGACAUGUGCAAAUUAUAAGGGGUGC